UCGAUAUGAAGAAGUACCGCAGUGCUUAUCACAAAUUAUCAUCAACAAACAUCAAAGCGUCAAGUGUUUGCGUCGAAUCGUUCCUGAUGCACUUUUCGUUACCUUGCUCUUGUACCUCCCCCCCCCCCAAUGUCUCCUCCAAAUCCCCCAGGACCUGUUGAAGGUGCAGAAAGUGUAAAAAAGAUUCACACGUGAAAUAUAAAAAUAAACAUUUACCACUACACAAAAUGUAUCGGUUAAAUUUAAUAUCUCGUGUAUCUAAAUGCGUUUUGUCAGGUGUCGAAUUCAUUCGUUCGACAACAAAUGCUCGACGCAAUGUACACAUUUGUAGAAAUAUUUACGCAAACCCUUUGCAACUCGUUAGAAUAGAAAAACGUCGCUCUUACGAAGGUCACAAGUCGCAGAAAAAAAGAUACAUCCUGUUUGCUGCGUCUUUGCCCACCUUGAUCUUCAAUUUUCUCUUCGAUGUUGAUGAGGACACCGAGAAGGAAGUCCCGGAAGUCAUUAUGACAAUCAAACGAUCCAUAUUGUUGAUACAGAAGGGAGAAUUGGACAAGGCGGAACAAAUGUUGCACAUAGCUUUGCGCCAGGCGCAGACUAUGGAGCAUUACGACGCUGUCACAUACAUUUAUGACGUAAUGGCUAAUCUCGCCUUCGACAGAGAGGAUUACAAGAAGGCGGAAAAGUUGUUUGUCUCAGUUUUGCAAAGACUGAUGUCCAACGGAGCUACGCAGGAUGACAUGAGAAUCAUUCACAUAAGUCUAAAAAUGGCUAAAGUAUACGAGAGUCAAAAGGAGAUAAAAAAAGCAGAUUUGGGCUACAAAUUCUGCAUGGAUAAUUUGAAAUCUCGUAUUGAGAGAGAUCCCGAGGAUAAUGAUGCUGUGUUACUGCAAGCUAUGACUUUUGAUUGGUAUGCUGAAAUGUUAUUGUCGCUAUCAUUAUACAAGGAAGCGUUUAACUAUUAUCUCGAAGCUUAUAACAUAUGUAAAAAGAUAUACGGCGAAGAACACGAACAGACAGUAGUUUUGCUUAAUGCUUUAGCGACCGCCAAGUAUAAACAAGGAGAACUUGACGAAGCUAUCAAAUAUUUAUCUGAUGCAAUGAAGAUAGGAGAAAAAAUAUCUGACAUAGCGUACUUGGGUACAGUUUAUGUAAAUUUAGGAACUAUGCUUUUGGAAAAAAGUCUGUACAAAAAAGCUAGACAAUUGUGUCAGAAGGGAAGAAAAAUAGCUGUAAAAAAUGAGGAUAAUGACACUUUACUCGAAGCUGAUGAAUGUCUCAAGGAAGUAAACAGAUUACUGUAUUCCUGAAUUUUGUGCAAUAUUUAAAUUCAAUCUAGUUGUAAAGAUUACAUGUAUAUGUAUGUACAAAGAAAC